UGGGCCAAGCAUCGCGCGCAGGUGGACCAUCAAUUAAAAUCCCUAAAAUUUUCCUUACCGGACCUAACGGAACAAUCGCGUUAACGUAUUAAUUAAUUUGUAAAUCUAGAUAAUGGCAUUUAGAAAAAAUAAUUUCAAGUACGGCCAUUCUCAGCUUCCGUAGUACUGCCACGCGGAUUGACAUCGUCAUCAGCGGCUGAUUGACAGAUUGAAUCUGCAGGUGUGCGUGGUUGCUAGGGGCCGCACAGAGACCGAGGAUGAAAAGUUACACUGUUUUAAGCUUCCAUUCAUGACUUUUUUUUACGAAACAAGGUCAAGGUAUUAGCAUCAAUUUUUCUAACGUUUCGACCGCGAUCAUCGAACGUACAUUGGACCUUUAACUAGCAUUUUUUUUUUGGCACCACAUCACUUUAGUUUGGCCCUCGACCGAGGGGGUCUGGAAACCAACUUUAUGCGGUAAUGGGGCGAAACAAGUGCCGACUUAGUCGUGACAGUGGAUUACGUAACAAACCAGAUACACCAGUGAAACCAGGGCUGAGCAGACGAGACAAGCACCGGCGACUUCUACCCAACAAGCACUAUGAGGCUUUUCCAGAGGAACCUGAGGUGGAGGAGAUUUUUGUCCCCACUGUCAAACCAACCAGCCCAGUGUGGAGUCGCAUUAAGCCUGUCCAGUGCAAUGGUACUGCAAUGGUAGACCUGAGCAGCCCUGCGUAUACUGAAAACCCCAGACACAAAGCUUACUCGCCUGCCACUCCACCUGAUAAAAAACCUGGCUACCAAGUGUCACCAGCAUGGCACCCAACCAUUCAGAUGACUCCUGACCCAGAGGCUUUUAAAGGUGGUGAGAUGCUAGUUAAAGAAGAAGAGGAAAGCUUGGCAGUGACUCCUGAAAGCAUCGCAUCUUCGAGCAUGGAGACAGACACAACUUUCAAUUUUAAUGAUGAUGAGGAAGACUGUUACUCCUCUACUUCUUCAUCUUCCAGCAUACCCUCACCGGAGAUCUUCAGAAAAGAGAACUAUGUGGAAAGAAUGACUUUCCCCACUAAGGAGGAGCUGCUGGGUCUCCAUCUUCACAUAAAAAACUCCACCUUGCUGGAUGUGAGCCAUGCUGAGACCAUCCACAUGCAUCAUCCCCCAAACUUUUCUACCAUCAUUGAUGCCUCCACAAUUCUUGCUGAAAACAACUGUGAGAUCAGCAACCACAGAGGACCUGAAGCUGAGACUAAAAUACAAGCAGACGCACUUAAAUCAGACAAUCAGGCACAAGCAUUCAAGUUGAAAACCCCAGCGAAAGUAAGACAGUCACCUGGCUAUCUUUUACAGCUCACCACCAAAAGACCUAUUUUGUGUAAGAAGAAGGUGUCAUUCAAAACCCCCAUUAUUUCUGAGAUCUUUGAAGCAAACCACAUCCCAGCCACCAAAUUAACCAUUCACAACGCCAGGGAGUCAGUCAAACCGAACAGCCUGGCUGAGCAGAUAAAGCCUGAUGCAGAGACAUCCAGAGCGGAUGAGAUCAAUUCUAAAGAUGACACACUACAUCUGAGCGUGACGCUAAAGAGGCCUGUAAAAAGUUGUGUGGAGAAAGCCAAGUUCUUUGACUUUGUCAGUGAUAGUGACAGGGAUGUGUUUUUUCAGAGGAUGAGAGAAAGGUGUGUCAAACUCAGAAGUACUCCUGUAUUUCCUCUCACAGCUGCUAAGCACACAGAAGCUUCUGUUCUGUCACAUUUGAAGCCAAAAUAUUAUGUGUAAACAUGAGGCCUUCUAUGACAUCUGUAUCUGAAAUGUCCUGUAAAAGAGAAAUAUGUGUGUACUUCAAAACAGGGGUAUGAAACUGUCUGAUUGUCUAAAAUAGAACAUGAAAUAAUUUAAAUUAGUUUCAGUGGCCAACUCAGUUAACAUAACUGGUCCUUUGAAUAUAUCUGUUUAUGAAAAAGCACUUUUUUCACACACACUCUAAGCUGUCACCCCCCCUCAUAUUUCCAUAUUUAUUUUUGCAUAAAUGUUAUAAAAAGUGUAUUGCAGUGUGACCACUAGAUGUCAGACCUGUAUUCUAUUAAAUAACCAUCCUUUUUUCUUGUCGUACUAAUGAUUUUGUUGCAGUUUUAUGUGUGAAAUAUAUACGUUGUUUGUGAUCUUUACCUGCAUUUUAUUGACUCUUUUGUCAGUGUGUAUACAUGCCAUAAGAUCUUUAUCUAAAUGUUUAAUGUAAGCUAAAUGGCUAAUGUUAGCUAAAUGUAAAGUGAAAAUGUAAGUUUAUUUUAGGUCUGUGUGUGACAUUCUGUCUUUGUGAGUCAUCUGUCUUUUUGCAAAUUUACACAUUUUUGAGUGUCAGAAAAAUGUAUUUUGUAUGUACAAUACAUGAAUAAAUAAGUCUUGUUGGA